AUGGCUCAAGCAACUCUAAAUGGUCAAGUGGGAGUCGUCACUGGCGCAGGUUCAACGUACGGCAUUGGCCGUUCUAUAGUGAUUGCAGCCGCAAAAUCCGGUGCAAAAGUCAUCUACGCCUGCGACAUCAACUCAAGCUGUUUUCCAGACCUCCAAAAUACCGUGCAAGCCAGCGGAAGUGACACUUUAGUGGAAUGCCGUAUACUUGAUGUCUCAUCCGAGGAACAAACACUCAAUCUAAUACAACAUAUCUUGAAGACAUACGGUCGACUGGACUUCUACUUUGCCAAUGCAGGGAUCGCAAUGUAUCGUGAGCUAACCGAGUCUAAGUGGUCUAAAUGA